AUACAUUGGCAUUUUCUCAUCGAAAGAGGUCGACAUUUAUCUUACACAACAUUUCACCUCUAACGUUAGCGUUAUACCGGCACAUUUCUUGUUCUGUUAUUUGAUUAAAUCACCUUUAAAAAAUGUUCGGACUCGUUAGUAGACCAGCAAGGAGGAUUGGACAGACGUUGUCCUAUCUGCAGAGACACAAUAGUACCUUGAUAGUGGCAGAGCACAACAAUGAGAGUCUUGUACCCAUAACCCUCAACGCCAUCUCGGCUGCCAAGAAGGUCGGGGGAGAGAUUUCCUGUCUUGUUGCUGGUACCCAGUGCGCUAAGGUGGCAGAAGAACUUUCCAAAGUUUCCGGUGUAACCCGUAUCUUGGUUGCAGAUAGUGAGGAGUACAAAGGUUUCCUCCCGGAAGCACUUACCCCGCUUCUUUUGGCCACUCAAAAACAAUUCAACUUCAGCCACAUUGCAGCAGGUGCAUCCAGCUUUGGGAAGGGACUGCUACCCCGGCUGGCGGCUAAGCUCGACGUCGCCCCCAUCUCUGAUAUCAUCGAUGUCAAGGGUCCAGACACGUUUGUGAGGACAAUUUAUGCAGGCAAUGCUAUCGCUACAGUGAAGUCUCUAGAUGCCCUUAAGAUCUUCAGUGUGAGGGGGACGGCAUUCGAACCGGCAGAAGCCACAGGAGGAGCAGGGGCAUCAGAGCAAGCCCCUGCCUGUGAUGCCAAGAAUGAGCAAUCAUCAUGGGUCAGCCAGUCAUUAUCCAAGAGUGAUCGGCCAGAACUGACCAGUGCAGAAACGGUCAUCUCCGGAGGGCGGGGCAUGAAGAGUGGUGACAACUUUGAACUCCUGUACACCCUUGCCGACAAGAUGAACGCAGCCGUGGGUGCUUCCCGCGCAGCUGUCGAUGCCGGUUUCGUUCCCAACGACAUGCAGGUCGGACAGACUGGCAAGAUCGUCGCUCCACAAUUGUACAUAGCCGUUGGUAUCUCUGGUGCAAUUCAACAUUUGGCCGGUAUGAAGGAUAGCAAGACUAUCGUCGCUAUCAACAAAGAUCCUGAAGCACCUAUCUUCCAAGUUGCUGACCUCGGACUCGUAGCUGAUCUUUUCAAGGCUGUCCCAGAAAUGACAGAGAUGUUGGACAAGUAAUGGUGACCUAGACCAAUUCGAAUCAGUGUCAUCUAUGAGAACUCCCCUGAUUACUUGUUCAACAUUCAUGGCCGGGGCAUGUAUCCACAAACUGCCCAUUUCAAGACUGUAUUGUUAAAGGAAUGCCUGAUGCUGUGGGUCAUCUUGUGCACUGGGCAAUCAAUGUGAUCUGAUAUCCUUCUCAAUUUAUUUCACGCAUUGUUGGAAUGAACACUAAUGAAAAUAACUUUCAGUGAACAUGAACCAAUUCAUCAUAGACUAUGAGCUAGGAUGUAAUUUGCCAGCAGACACUGUAUAUCACUGUAAUUAUUGAAUCCAUAUGAUGAUUCUUUAAUACCUGAUGUACAGAUUAAAUGAAGAUAUUGAUAACACAACUACAUGUACAUGUCAUGUAUUGAUUUUAUUCUAAAAAGAUACCGGUAAUUAAAUGUUCUUUAAAAUACGAUAUAUUUGUUUAAUUUGUCUACACUACCAUUCACAGUUCUUAAACUCACCAUUACAGUAUAAAAGCACAGAUCAAUUGAUUUGGUUCACUGAACCUUUUUUCUCUGCUUUCAUAGUGUUAUAGUGAGUUAAAGACUUGUGACUUGUAGUGUAAUCAUGGAUCCUACUAGUAGGAUACAUGGUGUAAUAGAGCUCACUUAUUAAAUCAAACGCAUUGGCUGGUCAAUAAUUGUUCAAGUUUCUGUUGUUUUAUGGCACUUGGGUAUGAUAUAAAUAACCCCACCAGGGUGUGUUAUUCAUAUCUGAAACAGAAAGAAUGCCAUAAUGAAUGACCUUAUGAUGAUAACCUUCUGUACAGAUUAAGCUGAAAUGAAAAUAAUGGGUAAUUCCAUAAAGUAGUCAACCAUUUGGACUCCUAUUCCCCCAUUUUCCCAUGUAUACUUCACCUCACAAACUCAUAAUUCAAAAGCAUUACGAAUGCACUCUUAUGAUAUGAACGAGGAAAUGGAGACAUUUCAGGAAGGUCAUGCUUAUACAUGAAGUAGUUGAUCAUGGUUAGACGUACACACUUUAUAGAAUUGCCCUGGAAACGACUGAUGUCAUUAAAAAUUGUGUCUGAAGGGUUGAGAAGAUUUAGCUUCUUAUCUUGGAAUAUACGAAGAAACAUGGUAGUUUUUAUGCCUGUAAUUAGAUGAAUACAUAUAAAUGUACGAACGAAUCCCCAUCUCUCUGUUAUUAUGUCGAACAUAGCUCUAUACUUUGUCACCGUUACUGUCUAAUGGGUUCACGCAUUCUUUGAUUUAAAUAUAUUUUCUGUAAAAUAUUCUACUAUUUGGGAAGAGAAACUUCUUUCAUGUUCAAUGAUAAAAUAUUGGCUAUUAUCCAUGUAUAAAUUUAUUAUCUGUGGUUGUAUUUUGCACAAAAUGAAUAUUCCUGUGAUGUUGGGUGAAAGAUGAUGUGUAGCAAUAUGUUGAUAAAGAUAUGAAUAAAAAAUAUGAAAUUUUACCUCAAA